AUGGCGCACGACAACCCCCGUACUGAUCGCACUGACAAGGAUACUCCAGGCAGUAUUCACGAGGUUAAGAUCGCGACGGACUUUUGCUUCAACGCCGCUCUGACUGGCGUCGCACUGCGAACAUCUGCCAGCGCCUGCAUUCAGGAUACUCUUCAUCCACGGCUUCCUGCCCACCCAAGUCGCCCACUUCGCCCCUCUCGGCGACGGCGUACGGCCGUCGUUCCUGACUGCCGUGGACCGGGGCAUGUCGACGCCGAGGGCCUCACUGAGGUCGUCGCGAUCGGAUAUGACUGCCUGCAUGCGGUCGACCUCGAGCAGAUGUGCGCGACGCUCAAGAAGGCAACCGGGAGCGAGCACUUCCGGCACGGGAAGCUCUUGACCCGCCACACGCUGCUGCAAGGCUCGUUAAGGAAAAGUUUCUUGCAGCUACUCUACACGGCUGAUCUGGAUGCGUGGGUCGAACACUUCUGCCCCAGCCUUGCAGAAGACCGCCGGCCGGGGUUCCCGAACCGGCUUUCUGAAGAUGAAUACAAACACAUCGGCAGCGUUGGUACAAUUCUUCUGGAGGAGAAGCGGCACAUCAAGAAGCCCGCACUGUUCUUAGCGGCGACUCUCGACCACGUCGGUCGCGACGCGCCGAACGAGGAGACUCCCGCCAAGUAUGCUACCUACUCGAGCUCGAUGCCGGACACAACGCUCCCCCUCGCCGACGAUCUCAACCUCCACCUUCGUCGCCCGCACAAAAUGGGGCAACACGCUCGCGAAAUCCUCCACGACGCGCGGGCCGCCCCCAAAGUCACCACAACGUCCGGCCUUGGUCGCAUCGCAGUUGCAUUCGCCGCGCCCCCUUCUACCAUGAAAACGCGGACGCUCGCGCUCCGAAGACAGACGGGCGGAGCGCAGAGGCGCAUCGUUGGUCCCGUCUGCGAUGGCGCGCAGGACCGCGAGAAAGCCCGCGUUGGUGCUGUUGUGCAUCGAGAUCUCGAGGUCUGCCGUUCCGUGCAGUUCGGAAAGGGAGGGCAGGUCUCCGGCGGUGAUUCGAUGGUCACGGAGGACCCGUUUGUGCCGCGUCUGGCCACGAUAGCGCUCAUCGACGCAUCACCCGCGGUCAUCGGCCUGAAGGCCAUCGCCAUAACCUUCCUCCAAUCUCACACCACAUCAACACGAAACUCCAUCGCCAUUCACGUCUUCAUGAAGCAGCUCACAAGGAUAAAUUGCGACGGCCCCGUGAAGGUGAUGACUGCUAUUGAUAAGCUCCUACGCGCAACAAGCGAACUCCUCAUUGAGAUAUAUGACUGGGACGAUUCCGAAUUUCCAUCCUCACGUCCAGGCCUCGAUCACUUGCAAGAUCUCACACUCUGUCUAACAAACGGCAGUCCAAAGGACCUCCUGACGCUCGUACGCACACUCGGGCACGGGCACAUCCCAGAGCUGCGCAAGCUCACACUCGCCCUUCCUCAAGUCGCGCUCUCUCGCGCGGUCGAGUCCCUCACGACGCUCGCGGAACUGGCCAGGUUGAUCGGACGCAGUCGUUUUGCCGGCUUGGAGACGAUCACGUUUACCCUGAUCGUCGACAUCAGGAAAAACCCAAAUCCCUAUUGA